UCCUCCUCCUCCUCUAGGGCACCGCCAUCGACCGGGGGUCCCUCGGGAGGCCCAAAGCAACAGCAGCAGCAGCAGCAAAGAAGGUGGCGGAAAUGAAGGCAAAAGUAAUGAGCACCAAAGCAGUCAACAUCAUUUUAUCCAGUGCCAUAGUGAAAGCAACAGAUUACUUUUGAAACACAGUAAAAGUUAGGUGCUGCCGAAACUCAAUGGAGGACUCCAACUAUGUUGGCUAUUGCAUCGUGGCCAGUAGUUUUGUGGCGUUCCAGUUCUUCUUCUCAGCUCUCAGCCCCCAGUUGUCCCUGUCACUGAGCCCUCGCUAUGCCACUCUUCCCUCCGUCAAGCAGAGUGAAUGGAAUUCCAGGUGUGUGUCCACCCUCCAUGCCUUAAUAGUUGGCCUCUUCUGCCUCUACAUCCUUUGGUUUGACGAUGCUGUCAAUGCCAACCCCAUCUGGGGAGACCCUUGGCUAGUCAAACUGAAUGUAGCUAUCACCUGUGGCUAUCUACUCUAUGAUCUGUUGCUGCUAAUGCGCUACUGGAGAACAUUGGGAGAUUCACUUUUCGUUUGCCACCACUUGGCAGCGCUAUACGCUUAUGGAUAUGUAUUGAGCCGUGGGGUGCUACCCUUUUUUGCCAACUUCCGUCUCAUCUCAGAGCUCUCCACACCCUUCGUGAAUCUACGAUGGUUCCUAGACACAGCAGGCUGGCCCCGCUCUUCCUGGCUUGUCUUGGCCAACGGCCUGGCCAUGAUGGUAGUGUUCUUUGUGGUGCGUAUUGCCGUCAUUCCCUCCUAUUAUGCCCAAGUAUACUUCUGGUAUGGAACGCCAGAGUAUGAGCGCCUGGGCCUAUGGGUACAGCUGGCCUGGAUUGUGCCCAGUGUUGCCUUGGAAGUGCUCAAUGUGGUUUGGAUGUAUCGUAUCAUUCGUGGCUUCUACCGGGCCUUUUGUCGGUCCAAGGCACGCAAAGCAACAUGAAGCACCAAAUGAAGCUGUGCAUGGCCAGGAACAUAGAGACCAGCUGAAAAAGCUUGGACACCCUCUUCUAAUUCCCUUAGAAGCCAGUAGCCAUAGGAACCGCUCCUGACCAUUCCUUUGGGCCAGACAGCUUCAGAGCCACACAACAGAAGUCUUUGGUCGACUCCAUCCAGAGUGGUCUUUGUCAUUCUGACCAAAGUCAGCAGCUGAUUAUCAUAGAAUAACUAUCAACGUAAGUUCUGGCGAUGACCUCUCUGUGGCACAUGACAAAGUUGGAAAUGCAUAUUGUAGUUUCAAAGCAAGAAGUAUGUGCCCAGCAGCAUUUGGCACACACCGAGACGAAGAUACAGCUGUUUCAAUGAUUGUUUGGUCUUUGUGUUUGAGGUCGGGUUGUUCAGAACUGUUGUAGGGCAGCUAAAAAGAGACUUGAAAUGGCCAAGUAAGUGAAACUCCUGGCUUGAGCUUCAUAUAAUAAAAACUUAACCGGUUUCAGCUGUAAACCCAUUAGCUGGACUAAUGGGUGUCAUUGUCUCCUGGGUAGAAGACCUUCUGGCCCUGUGGAUGGAAUAUUUUGGAAUAAGAGAAAUAAUAAAUCAGGACCCUGCAGUGGCCUUGGGUCCUGAUUAGAAGUAUGUACAAAAGACAAGGUGGAUGGACAGCAUAUCUGUGAUGUGUUGGAAAUGGUGGAUUACCAGAUUCAUCAACAUAAUAUGUGGAGAAAUGCCUUAACAGGUACUGGGAUGCAAGCAGUAAAUGUUGGGGAACAAAGCAGCAAAAAUGCCCUUUCUCUGACAGGUCAGGUUGGAACACUUAUUUUCCACUUGGUGAUUUUUCUCCAUUCUGGGGUCCUGAAACUGUCCUAGAAAGUUAACUAAGCAAGAAUACAUAACUCUCUUCUCCUAACGAGGAUAGCACCAAGAUACAUCUUGACCAUGUUUACUCCUGUUUCAACAACUCACAAAUAAAGUGUUACAUCAGGGAAUGACAUAGCCGCACAUUUACCAAAGAUGUGGGGUUGAUGGUAGAUGUAUCAAAGGGACAUAGUAUUGGGUAUGAUUCUGGGUCUGGGUGACUGGUUCCAGCAGCAUGUAUCUUUAUAAGGAAAACCUUAAUUUCUGCAGCACCAAGAUAAUGCAAUUCUCCAGAUUCCUUAUGUACACCUCAGUUGUCACCUUGAUUUUAUGCUGUAAAUGAUGGUUUCCUAAAAGGCAUGGGGAAUCCCCAUUCUUAUGUUGUUUUCUGACUUUAAUUUUAAUUUUUAAAACAUUUUAAAGAGUCUGAGUACUCACCCAUUAUAAUUCUGGGAAUGCUCAUGCAUACCUUUUUUAAAAAAAGUGAACAAGUGACAGAUACAGGCAAACCAAUCUUCUUUUCACUCCAUUUUUUUUAAGCAUUUUCUUUUAAAAUGUAGCCCCUUGGACCCUGUGCACAGCCAUAUACCAGAGAACAGGAGCUGCUUCUUCCCGGAGCAAAGCUGUUCCCCUUUGGCCAUCCCUGCUGGCGUUUAGUCUCUAUUGAGGGCAGGAGAAGAAGAAUAUUAGCAUCUGCCAUGCAUUUUUCCAGAGAACAGGGUAGGUUGGAGAGACAGAGAUUUCUCUCUCCAACCUGUCCAACCUUGCAUAUUCUUGUAUCUUCCACUGCAAUAGUGGAGGGGUGGAUUUCUUUUGUAAAGACCAGAAGUCAAACUACAAUUAUGCAAUUUUUUAAAAAUGUGCAAUUGAAAAAACCAGUUGCUGCUGAAUAUGAAUUUUUGAAUGUGAAAUUAUAAUGAAUACAUACAUUAAGGCUCACAUUUUUAGUGUGAAUCCACAUUUCUUUCUUUUAAGUGUGCCAAGAAAAUAAGGUGAAGCUUUCCCUGACAUUAAGUCUAGUCGUGUCCGGCUCUGGGGGUUGAUGCUCAUCUCCAUUUCUAAGCCGAAGUGCGGCGUUGUCCAUAGAUGCCUCCAAGGCCAUGUGGCUGGCAUGACUGCAUGGAGUGCCUUUACCAUCCCGCUGGAGCGGUACCUAUUGAUCUACUCACAUUUGCAUGUUUUCAAACUGCUAGGUUGGUAGAAGCUGGGGCUAACAGCAGAAGCUCACCCCUGCUCCCGGGAUUCGAACUGCCAAACUUUUGGUCAGCAAGUUCAGCAGCUCAGCAGUUUAACCCACUCCACCACCGGGGGCUCCCAUGCAUUGGAUUGUACUUUCAAACCUGAAAAGUACAACCCUAUGCAUGGAUAAGAUUGUACAUAUCUAAAUGUUUUGACUGCCAUGAAAAUGAUAUGUCAUAAUAUCUCUUGGCUAUCAAAUGCUAAUGAAAUAUGCCAGCUAGCAAAUACUAUUAUUUCAGCUAGGAUUUUCUGUCUUUGAUCUGAAAUAAAAGAGAACUAAAACUAAAGUUAUACCCUAUACUAGUCUUCCUCUUGAGGAAGCUUUAAAAUAAUUUUGAGGCCUCAGAGAAAUCCUACAUAAAAAAAUCAUUCUAUCAAUAGCUCAAAAAUAUAUUGUUUUUAGUCCUAGUCUUUCACAGAACCCCUGAUGACCUGUCCUGAUAGCCUAGGCAGAGGAGCCUUGUCCUACACGCACAAUUCUGUACUGAAAGUUGAAACGUGUUUGCCAAAGCAGAGCUUUCAUUGAACAGGCAGAGAUUCCACGCUGAAUUGCAGGGGAGGUUUCAUUAGGAAGUGCCAAAUUUGCAAAGCUUGGGAAAGCUACCUUUUCUGGGCUGCAGUCCUGACAUCUUUCAGGCACCAGCGGCUAUGCUGGCUGCCGAAUUAUGGGAGUUGUUAUCACAAAAAAAAAUCACUUUUCUGUGCUCUGGAAAUAUGUACCAUUCCUUUGUGGUUGCACAUUCAAUCCUCCAUAGUAAAAUAAAGAUGCAAUAGAGGGGAUGGCAUUUAGUAGGUUUCAAUGUGCGCCUGCUUUUCUCUUUCACCAUGUGCGACUGUCCUCAUUAGAAAUAUCCAGAGCACAACAGUAUGGUUCCCCCCACCAUAUCUCCACACUCACAGGUAAUGCAACUUGGCAAGCUAUUUGCAUUGACACUACAUUUCCCUCUAUGAUCACAAGCGUUGCACUAAUUGUUCUACUGAUCUGUAUUUGUUGCACUAAGCCAAUUAAUAUUUACUCAAUAUUUACUGCUUGUUCAGGGCAUAUAAAGACUUAAUGUAACCCCCUGUCUUCCAAAGGCAUUACAAUAUGCCCCAAAACACAGCUGCUCCCAGCCCCAUGCAGCAUUAAACAUGUUAAUGUUAAACCCUUGUGCCGACUGAACUGUUGACCUGAAGCUUGGGUUACUGACCUGAAGGUCAUCAGUUUGAAUCUGCGAGAAGGGAUGAGCUCCUGUCUGUCAGCUCUAGCUUGCAGGGACAUGAGAGAAGCCUCUCAGCUAAUACAUCCGGGCGCCCACUGGGCAACGUUUCUGUAGACAGCCAAUUCACUUACACCAGAAGCAACUUAAAGUAUAUUUUCAAGUCGCUUCUGACACGAUACAAAAAAAUGACAAAAGUGUUUUGCUUCAUAGAAUCAUAGAGUUGGAAGAGACCACAUGGGCCAUCCAGUCCAACCCCCUGCCAUGCAGGAAAAGCACAAUCAAAGCACCCCCAAUGGAUGGCCAUCUAGCCUGUUUCAUAGCCUUCCUUGUAUCUUGUUUGUGUUCUUUAUAGUGAAGUGCACAAUGCUCCUGAUCCCAUUUUACAGAGAGCAAACAAAGGCAGAAUGUCACCCUUAAAUAACUGCCUGACAAGAAAGCUGUAGAUGUAUUUGGCUCUCAACCCCAAUGUACUCACAGGUAAAUGUUUACCUUUUGGUAAAAUACAGCUUUCCCCCCACUUGACGUCAAACUGCCAAAGUUUGUUUGAAAUUUUGUAUCUCUCUGCUUAACACUGCUAAUGCUUUGCAGUAACUGAGGCCUCUAGCUUCUCAGUUAUAAAACAAAUUCUAAUGUAGACAAAAAAUCAGCACAGCAGAGAGAGUUAUUUCAUCAUUGUGCUAAAAUCCAUGAAGACAUUCCACGAUAUAAGUGCCAUAGAAAAGAGCUCUCAUUCAUUUCAGCCGCCUUUUCAGAAGACUGCGCCCCAUUUUCGCUUUGGACCAGAUACCAAACAAACUGACACCAUGUACUAAACAUCUUAAAGCACAUUUGAAAAAUUAUUUAUACAAUCUCAGUCUUAUUUUUAAAAUGCUUAUAAAACUUAUCUGGGAAGCUAGAAGAGUGGAUUGUAAUUUUUAGGAGGAACUAGUAGUGGAAGUUUUUCCUCUACAUUUCUGCCUAAAGAGGUUUUACAAAGCUCUCAGCAUCAGUCUAAGGUCCUUUCCACACAGUUGAAUAAAAUCCCAGAUUAUCUGCUUUGAACCGGGAUAUAUGGCAGUGUGGACUGAGAUAACCCAGUUCAAAGCAGAUAAUGUGGUAUUUUCUGCCUUGAUAUUCCGGGUGAUAUGGCUGUGUGGAAGGGCCCUAAAAUGCUGAAAAGCAUAUUAAGUUUGUUAGAUGGAUACACCUGAAGUCUAUCUUGAAACAGGAAUGGAAGCUGUUUCUUAUUUUCUUCUGCCAUUUAGAAUGAUUUAAUCCUCGCCUAAGUAGGUUUGUAAUUUUCUAAUUUCCCUUUAUUAACAACGCGAAUCAAUGAAUGUUAAUAUAUUAAACACGAUUAAUUUAUUGAA